UUAGAGAUUAUUUACAAUUAUUUUGGUACAAUAAUAGAUAUAGUUAAAUUAAUAAGAAACAUGUUUUACAUAAUUAUCCUUUUAUUACAAUCUUUUUUAACACAUUGUAAUUGAACCAUAGUGCUUUACUUUGUUAUAAAAUGGUUUGGGAGAAAGUUCUGCUUGGUACUACGAUGUUACCAAGCUACGUCUGAACGAAAAUGUUCUUGUUUUUUCAUUUAUAUGUGCUUAAUAUUAGAUUUUGCAUACGCACUAGUAGAGCAAACAUUAUACAUAAGAUGUGGUAUGCGGCUUUAGUCAGGUUUAUUCGAAGGCGAUUAGUAUUGGGCAUAAUAUUUGCGUCUUCACUGACUUAUUGCAUCGUCAGUUUUUUACGAGAGAGUAACACCAGACAUAUGAUUUACCAAGAUAUAUCAAUAGAAAGAAAACCAUUUAUUUGGAGGACAUUGCAAGAACACAAUGAUACAAUCAACCAAUUUAUGUGUAGAAAUUCAGUACAAGGGAAACAAUUAUUGGUUGAUGACAGAGGCAAUGUUUGUCAAAGGACUGAUGUUUUGAAGAAUGGCUGCUGUGAUAUAGACGCUGAGUCUACACACAGAUAUAGUUGUGAGAGUUGUAGAGAAAAUAACUGUUGUAUCAUAUAUGAGUACUGUGUGUCUUGUUGUUUAGAUCCUGGAAAGAGAGACAUGCUAGAAUUGGUACUGUCAAAGCUGUCUGCAGAGGAGAAUGUAUUAUUUCGUUCUCUGACUGACGACUAUGAACUGUGUUUAACAAAAUGUCGUACUAGCUCUCAUAGUGUACUACAUGAGAAUUCUUAUAAGGACCCCGCACAUAAACAUUGUUUUGGUGAUGAAUCCCCAAGAACUAGACCACCAGAUUAGUAACAAGUGCUCAUCAACUAGAUUAAGUCCACUACAUUGAAUUUAUAGUAUAGCAAAUUUAUUGUAUAAUCCGUACUUAAAACACAAGCAGUGUCUUAAAAUGGUUUGCCACAAUAAUUUAUGGUACUAAAUUCCACUGCAUGAGAACUACGCUCAUAUGUUUUUAACCUUUAUGCAUUUUUCAUACCUAAAUUUUACUUUAGUAUAAAAUAAUACUUCACUCUGUUAUAAAUAUUUAAUUCUACUUAUUUAAAUGGGUUUAAUAUAAUAUUUGAAUUAAGUAAAAUUUAAAAUAUGAUAUUAGAAUUUACUGUUACAAUAUAACGACUAUAGCUUUAUAGAUGCCUUAAAGAUUAGUAAAUAUUAAAUAGUUCAAAUUUUAACUAUAUCAAAAUGUAACUCCAUAAGUAUAUAAAUUUGUUAAUUUUGUGUGCGUAAUGCAUGAACAGUCGCUUAGAGUAAUAAAAUAGGUGACGGGCGAGCAGGAGUUGGCUUUCAGCCACUCUUUUAGUCCUUCCGCGGGUGUCGUG